AUUACUCAUUGUUUUUAUGCGAAAACAAGAACUAGGCGCAUUAGGACUCGACUCUUUAUGCCCUAGAAAUACUCAAAGUCCAAGUACAGGCGUUACUGAAAGGGUUUAUUAUUUAGAUCAUCCAGAACGUGCAAAUUUGAGUGAGAUUUCCACGGCAUUGGGGGUGGACUUUUGGUGUUUUGACCAAAGAAGAACACGAACUGCAAACGAGGUUUAUCUCAUUGGAAAUGCUUUUCUGGAACAUUCUUCUCGCAGUAGUCGUUGGUUCAGAGGCCAGGGUCAGAGAUUACAACAGGUCAAAGCUGGAGAUUACAAUGACAGAUACUCUAGAUGAGUUAUUCAAGCGACCGCGGUACGAUCCGAGGUUAAGGCCUCAGUAUAACGAUGGGCCUGUCCUUGUAACCACUGGCUUCUGGGUUCUAUCCAUUGACUCCAUCAAUGUGCAAGACAUGGCGUUUGGGAUGGACAUAUUCCUUCGUCAGAAUUGGGUGGAUAACCGGUUGGAUCACGGGCUUAACCAAACUCUGUCCCUUAGUAAUGCUGUGAUGAGCAAUAUCUGGCUACCCGACUCGUACUUUAAGAACGCCAAGCAAGCAAACUUCCACGAGGUCACGUCCAAAAAUCUUAUGAUAACCAUCGGGCCGAAAGGCAAGGUUCAUUACAAUACCAGAGUGACCCUGAAAGCCUCCUGUUCCAUGGAUCUACGGCUGUACCCUUUCGACAUCCAGCACUGCCCACUGAUCAUGGAGAGUUACGGCUAUAGCGUCGAGCACAUAAUGUAUAAGUGGGAGAAGGGGGAGGGGGACGGGAUGUCAUUUGUCCCGAGGGACGUCAAGCUUCUACCGCAGUUCAACCUGACGAAGCUCGAGCUUUCCUCGAGAAACACACAGUAUGUGAUAGGUAACUGGUCUGGCGUGAUGGCUACCUUCACGUUCGAGCGCACCUACAGCUUCUACGUCAUCCAUAUCUACGGACCGAGCGCUCUUAUUGUACUAAUCUCUUGGAUAUCAUUCCUGCUACCACGUGACCAAUCCCCAGCUCGCGUGACACUGGGCGUCACGUCGGUACUCACGGAAGUCACGAUAUUGACGAUGUCGAAUAACGCAAUGCCCAAGGUGAACUAUGUCAAGGCCGUCGAUAAAUACCUGAUUGCGUGUUUUCUGUUUGUGUUCGCGUCUCUCAUGGAGUACUCGCUCAUCCUCGUGUUAGCGAACAGGACAAUGAGACGGGAAAAACAAAAACGGGCCGCCAAGCGUCUAGCUAUGGAAAAGGAAAACUGCAGCGAACACGAUCCAGAAAACAGCAAACUGCUCCUGUCUCCUAACAUACGAUGCGCCUGUCAUCGGCGCUCUCCAUCUUCUAGCCUCCGGAACGCUAACGGCAACGCCCACCAACCCAACUUUGCCCUCAAUGUAACUCACAGAGACAGCCUUCUUGUCAGCAUUAGGGAUAUACUAUACAGAGACGAGACGAUACUCGCCGUGGAUGAGUACUCGAGGAAGCUUUUCCCGUUGGCUUUUUUCGCGUUUAAUGUGUACUAUUGGGUAUUGGUGUUCUGGUUUUCACACCUACUCCUGUAGGGUUAUUCGGGAGGGCGUUAGACCCUGAGGCUUAGACGCGAAGAAGGAUCUUCUGAUCAGCGCAAAGCAGCAGUAACCAUAGAAAGAUGAUACAGUUGGAUCUUAGUGCAUAUUUUGAUGUAAGAGAGAAGCACUGAGGCUUUAGACGCUGAGGUUUAGACGCGAAGAAGCUCAAAUGAUCAGCGGGAAGCAUCAGCGGCUAUAUCUAAAGUGAGAUCUUUAUAUUUGCUGAUCAGGCGCGCUUGGCUGAUGUAAACAUAAACCAGCUAGCGAAUAUAGAAGGGCGAUACAGUAAGAUCUUUAAAUUCUGAAAAGCGAGCUAAACAAGAUAGAAAAGGUAUCGUGACACAAGAUGCUUGUCUGAACCUUGACGCCAAAAAAAGUGGGAACAUGCGAUAUGACGCUACGGGCCCACGCAAUAAAACUAACAAAAACUAGCUAAACUAGCACUAAAGCUCGCAAAAACAAGUGGAAAAGCGACUAUAAAUGGCGCUGCCUCCAAAAAGUAGGAGCGCCUUGAUCUGUUUAAUAUAUUGGGAGCUCAUCUAACACAAAAGCGGGCCCGAACCAAAGUCAACUAAUUCUCAAAAAUUUUCAACAGACGUGAAAGACUACCAGAAUGACAGUGAAUUGGGCAAUGUCAUGAAUGAUACGUGGCCAUGGUUUGCUCAAUGAACCGUUAGAGAAGAGUCCAAUGCUGGCCUAACGAAUCCCAAAAUUACUGUGAAGUUCAAUAUUCUGCGAACUCUCGUCAACUUCCAACUAAACCGCUUUCUGGUUUCCGUCAUUCAAACUAACGGAAUUAUACAAUGGGGCUUCUUGAUUGGUCAGCGCCUUGCGGAGAGGUGGCGUGAUUUGAAACCAUUUCAGUGCUGGCCAAUGGAAAGACUUCAAGGAUUUGAAUGACGGAAGCCAGAGAUUUAGCAGUUGGAAAUUGUCAACGAGAGUUCGCAUUGAAAACUGCAGAAGAGUUUGAUGAGUUUCUGGUACAACCUUCAUAUUAUCCACCACUUUUCAAGCUUAUUUUCUUAUACCCCCACUUCUUUUGAAUUAACUUGCAUCCGUCAGUGACGACCACUCCUUUUAUUUCCUCCCGUGUCUGCAUUUACACCAGGUAGCCCGAUCUUGUCUAUUCCUUCAUUUGAGUUUUCUGCGCAGAGCAUGGACAGUGACAUGGGCAGUGGAGAUAAUAUAAAUGUGUGUAAAACGAAUGUUGUACCUGAAACUUUGUAUAAUAAUUUUUUUAUCGAUUUCAUUAUUAUGUACGCAGUUUUAAGGUCAUGUUUUUAUGAAGAAGUAUUUAACUGUAAUGUUUUCAGCCAAAAGCAUUUCUUCAGAUGAUGCAUCACAAUUAAUUGCUUGGUGGACAAAUGCUACUCUCUGUCGUUGACAGAGCCAGGACCACAUUUAUAAUUUUUUAACCACCACCCACUGUAAUUACUAUCAACCCAAGCUUUCCUAUAGUCCUGGAAUCCUCUAGGUCAAAUUACAAUGAAGCCAAGAAGGGGAGAGGGAAACGGAGUCCAGCACUUAACACAGACAAACUAUUUGACUGGAGGCGGAUCCAACAGUGCUUUUCGUUUGGCAGUUUCUUUAGUGACAUUUAAAUGGAGUCUCCCAAGUCGUUCCUGGAUAAAAACAUAGCAUAAGAAGAUGGGAAAAGCAAGCAUUACUCACCUGGAGGAUUUUAUAUGCGCAGCGUUCGGUAGCCAGGAUUUUGAGCGGGGUGGGGCAGGGCGGGGGAAGGGUGGUUUCGCUGACCCAUUUAGCACCCUAUUUUCUCUUAGGUAGCACGUCCUAGCUCACAGUGGUACUCAAUUUUUCUUCAUCAGAGCGGACCCGAACCCCCAACCCCCCUUGGCUACGGACCUGCACAGCAUUCGCAGGGCUCUUGGAUAUUAGUCUCAUUGGGGACAUAUUUUGUGGGGUUCAACUUUUCACCCAUUUUUUUUAGUUUUUGGAAUUUCUAAUCCUGGGUUGGGUAUAUUUUGGUUGGUAAGUUUCUACCUUUGGUAUUUUUGAGGGUAUAAAAUUCUGGGCUCUUAGCCGAGUACUCAAGACCCUUAGGUGCAUGAGAUGUAUGCCUUACCUGCGCAUUUUGUAGGAUGUUAUUCACUAGCAUAAUUUUCCUCCUCGAGUUCAUCAAUUUCUUGACAUAGACGUCUAGAUCUACAGGUAUAUCUUGUAGCUCUGAAAGCCUGUGUAACUCUAAAAGAAAAGUUUGGAGAUUACUCUAAUUUUAAAAAGCAGGCAUCAGCCAUAUAAAGCUGCCUAUUUUGUGAGAAUGCUGUGGAAGUCAUCCCUAUUUUCCAGGCCCGUACCCAGGGGCCCCACAACGGCCGAAAGCCCACUUUCGGUUCUCAAACAGACGUGCUGUUUGUAGAAUGCAAAGACAAAAAAAAAAAAAAAUCCCUUUUUGUCCUUUCGGGGAUGGUCAGGUUGUUAUCAGAGAACUCACCCCCCCCCCCCCCCUCCACACCCCAGAAAAAUUAGGUCCACUUUUUCGGAUCUCGCACCCCCCUAAGAAAAUCCUGGGUACGGGCCUGGUUUAUUGAUAAAGCGGCAUAAAAGUUAUCUCAAAACAGAAAACAAGAAAGGAUGCCGUUCAAAAUAAGAGAGUUUCGAAUUACUCAUCGCCACAAUAAAUAAUAAAUAAAUAAACACUUUUUAAAAUAGGUCUCACAGGGAUGUGAAUAUAUUAUCGCAAUACAACUGACAAAUGGUUUACUUAGACUCUUGUCGCGUGGAAACUUGAAUCUAAAAAUAAUAUCAAUAAUGUAUAAACUAGGUACAUUCGCAAUUUUGAAAUACGUGUCUAAUUAUUUUUGUGAAGUAACAAGGUCUUAGCAAUGUACGUAAUAAUUUUUCGUCAAUGCUUCUUUUUUAGAGCGACAGCUGUUUAGUUGUUUUUGAGCGACCGAUCAGAAUUUGACAGUUUUGUCAUAUUGUCAUAAGGCAAGAUGUUUAAAAUAUUAAAAAAAGACAUAAUGAA